GUCAGUUAUAAAAAUGUCGGAUGUUGGUGUCAUUUUGAAGUCUGAUAUUUCCACAAAAACAAAUCCUGGAAACAAUGUUGAAGAAAUGGAAUUGGAUGAUUUUGAAAGAGCUGCAGCUAAAAAUCAUCACGACGAUGAAGAUGCGGAAGAGGGAGAAAUAAGUGACUCUAAAGAAGCAGACGAUGAUGAUAACCAAUUCGAUGGCACAUCUUUAUCUCCAAUGAAUAUUCUUACAGACCAGCAAGGCCAUUACGAAAACAGAGCCGGAGGCUUCAUCACCGGUGUGGAUAUAUUUGGGAAGGAAGAACAGGGCAAGCUUGAAGAGCGGGCCAAAAGGUUUGGCCUGGACCAAGAUGCGAGGCUGCCCACGGAGUGUCAGUUGAAAGAGUUGUACGACAGCUUGAAUAUGAAGCUGGGUGACGGUUUGGACAAGUCGUACCGCAUGAAUGCCCUGCACAUGCGCGGCACUGAGAAUUUGAGUACGCAAGAUGUUUUUGCAUACUUCAAGGAUUAUGCACCGUCUUUCAUUGAGUGGAUCAGUGAUUAUGCCUGCAACGUUGUGUGGUUGGACGAACAGUCUGCCGCGAGGGCCCUGAUGGGUCUGUCGCAGCCCAUAAGCGGCCUGGAGGCGUACCACGCGAAGGCCAACCCCUUCUCCGAGAAGAGCGACGCGGAGGACGGGGACUCCGUAGAGGACGAGGAUUCCAAAGACGCGAGUGAAGCGAAGGAGGAGGUUGUGAUGGUAGUGGCCGAGAUAGAAGGGGAAGGCGGGGAGAACGACAUAAUGGUGGUCGACGAACAGAAGGAAAACAUUGCUGUCACACACAAGUCUGCCAAGGCGGCGGGUAACAAAACCAACGCAGUCAAAGCGUCGGCUAUUAAGAUACCGAUCCCUCCAGGACGCUGGAGAAAAGGUGUUGAUCACCCUAAAGCACAGUGCAUUCUCCUGCGUUUCUCCACGCGCUCUGACAAAAAAUUCCAACACAACGAAAAAUUGAGUGAAUACUACAAAAAACAUGGCAAUCCAAAUUAUGGAGGGAUGAAGGGCAUAAUCACGGCGUCCCGGAAGCGCAGGUACCAGAGGGUGAGCGAGUUCCCGGCGAAGGUUUUCGACGACGACGUGGGGGACGAGAGGGACUUCGCGGACAGCGCGGGGGACGACAGCAAGAACCCCUGGGGCGGCCUCGCCCAGAGCUGGAACCGGCUGGACAAGACGCGGGGCAAGCAGCCAGAAGCGUACGGCGAGGAGAGGCUCAGCCCCCCGACGUUCCUGCCGUCGGCGGGCAGGAGGGACGGCUCCAGCCGCCCCGUGUUCGAGCGCCUCGGCGCGGCGGCGCCCCGGCCCGCGCGGGCCUCGGGCUCGGAGGGGUCGGCCUCCCCGCCGAGCAGCGACGACGACGGGCGGUGGACGCGCCGGAGCAAGGCGCCGCGCAUGCGCAUGUACGCGGACGAGGAGGAGGACCGCCUGCAGCAGCAGCGCCGGAGGCUGGCGGGGCCGAGCGUCUGGAGCCGGCUCCGCCCCGCCGAGGAGCCCCGGCCCGACGGCAGCAGCUCGGCGGGCAGCGACAGCGACGGCGCCAGUGACAGCGCGAGUGCGAGUGUCGGUGGCAGCGAGACCCCCCCGCCCCCCGAGCCCAAGACGGGAGUGGCGGACCUCAGGACCAAACUCGACCUGAAGAAGUCCCUCAGGCAGCCGGUGUCCGUGAGACAGAAAUCCCCGCUGAGAAUCGAAAUAGAUAAUGACGAGUACUAUCGCUUGAUAGGUAGCGAUUGAGCCUACCCGAAAAUUUAUUCUUUUCAGUGGUGUGUUGUCGGAAACCGGUUCUCGGUUCUCUUGUUCCGUCGAUUGUGGCAAAUUAACUGGCACGGAGAUACCUAAAUAUAGUCCCGGUAACACAGAAAGCUUGACAGCUAAAACCUUUUCCAGUGAAAAUGCAAUAAUAGACAUCCUUGUAAGCACUGUUGUACGUUGCUCGCGACAGACUCCACACUUAUUUCUAACUUCACUUUAAGCCAGUGGAUAGAUGCUGUUAGCAUCCUGUGUGACAUGUAACAGUAAAGUUCGUAAGUCUUUGGGCAACGGUGACAUAGGGUAGUCCCCCGUUCUCUUCCUUCAACCCCUUGCACUAGCUCGCCAAGGUAGAAAGAAAAGUCCAAACAUAAAAGUUAUUUCCCCCUAAGAUCAUGACCCUUUUAUUUUUUGUCCCUGUUUUCAGUAGGAGACAGGAAUGAUCAUUUCAACUAAAAGUAUACUGUGGGAAAAUCAAUAUACAGUGUAAACUCUAUAUGAUGACACUUAAAUGGACUGAGCAUUUUUCGCGUUAUAGAGUGGUCGUUAAAUGGAGAGAAAUAAGAAAUCAUUUUACUAUUCUAUAAUAAUAUGUAUUUACUAAUAUAGUACACAUUUUACACACAAACACAGACCUGCCAACAUUCAAAUUAAAAAAAUCAUGAGGUCCUCGAUAAAAAUUUCCAGGCCCAUAAAUACAGGUUAGAUAUAAAAAACAACAAAUGAGAAUCUUUAAAUUUAAGUGUCAUACCUGUGCAUAUGUUACAUGGUCUCUGCUUCAAAAUUUAUUUCAACAAAUAAUAGGUUGCAGAUUUAAUUUAGUUUAACAUAAUUUAGCGCUGUCGUGUAGUGAUCAUGCAGGGCCGCAACUAAAAAAGAUGUAAAAUAACAUUCUGCUCGUGUAACACUAUUAUCACUGUUCACAGCAAAAUUAAUUUUUUUAUUGGAAGCAAUACACUUCACGUGUUAGUUGUGUUUUUUGUAGCGACAUGUUUCACAAUGUCUCCUCUUCCACUAUGCGAGAUAGAAAAAUAAGCACUGUACACGCUACAAAACGCAAAAUUACUUCCUUUACGUGACUCGAGUAUUGAUGGAAACUCGUUACUGUAAGCUUUCGUAAAACUUGUUUUGUAACUUUUACAAACAAAAUCUUGAGGCCCCAAAAAAUCGUGAGGAAACACUAUUUUGGCGUGAGGGCGUGAGAUGGACCUUAAAAUCGUGAGCCUCACACCAAAAUCGUGAGAGUUGGCAGGUCUGCAAACAUAAUAUUCAUACAAAUAACAAUUGCGUAUAGCCUGUUAAUUUUUCUUUGUUUUUCCAUAUUGCAGACAUGGUAGAGCGGCUAAAUCGAAAGCGUCUUCCAACAUCACUGAUCUUUUCUCUUGCCUCUAUUGAGCGUAUUAAUACAUUUUCGUCAAUACACAAAGAUUUAUGUUUACUUGUCAUGUUUACAUUUCGAAAGUCUGUAAGCAACUGCGAUAAUGAUAGUGUAACAACAUGACAAAAGUCUAGUGACCUAGGUAAACUUGUGCAUGUUCAUAAUACAAAAACAAAAGACAAAACUUCUUAGAAUCUCCAGUACGUCAGUCGAACUAAACACGUGCUAGAUAAUACAACAAUAAAACAGGAAACAAAAGAACGUACACAGCUGCAGUUCUUAUCAACUUCGACAACUUAGAAAGUACUGCUUAAUCAUUUAUAAUGCCGUAUUGUUGUUAAAUAGAGUGAGCGUGACGCUAUAUAGAGUGUAUUAUUGUAUCAAAAACAAGGUAAACCAACCAAAGUCAAGCAAUUUAGACGUUUUAAGGUGUUUGUCGUUAAAUCAAGUGCCGUUAUAAAGAGUUUACACUGUCCUUGCAAAACUUAUCUUAAAAAUAAACUACAGAUGUUUAAAGUUGUCCAGUACUUAUUAGCUGUAAGUAUUUGCUACUGCUUUUGCAGCCCUGCAUUACUUGUAACUCAACCAACAAAUCAAAUGUUUAAAUAAUUCUUUUAACAGACUCAUGUUAAAUUGGGUCACAUGGCCCAUUAUGAUACAUAACCUACAAUUGCUUGGAUGCGUUACUACUGCCAUGUUAGUUUUCGUUUAUUAUUUUUAUACUUCAUCUAAUUAUUGUGAACAAUUCGCAACAUUUUUCUCAAGCAUUUUUAUUGAUGUGCCCUAAAUUAAAAACAUAUUAAGAAAAAAAAUUUGCUGCACCACAGGAUGUGGGUACAGUGCUACUCUAGCCAUAGUGAGAUGACACAACUGCUACCCAGGUGCUGGGUGACUUGUUUGUAGGGGUGCUGAUAAGUCACAGUAAACAAAUAAACACACCAAUUUGUUAGGACAUACUGUUGGUGUGAUUGGAAAUUGUGUGGAGGUUAACAUUAAGCUGAGAACUGACUUUUUAAGUACCAGACUGAACCGAGAACCGUAGGAAAAGUACUACAACAUAUCACUAAUAUUAUUUUUCACAUUAAACUCGUUCAAUUUUACAUAUGAAUUUUUUUUUGUACAUGAUAGAAAAUGAGCUGAUAGUAAAGUGGUAAAAAAAAAGUAAAAAAAAAA